AUGUUAUGUAUGAAUUCAUUGUUUGAUAUAACAAUCUUUCAGACUGGCCCAGUGCCAGUGGUUCCGUUUGGUAGGGUUAGUCUUAUCGACGAUGGCAACACUACAUACGGAGCUUCUGCUAAUGUCAUAUGUGAAGCAGGCUUUGAAACAAACGACCUGAAGAUAAAGUGCCAACGUUCGGGAAUAUGGCAGACAGCUUUGUGCAAAGCAAUAGAUUGUGGUUCUCCUCCCGCAAUUUCUUUUGGAAAUAUUUCUCUGAACGCCGACAAUAAUUCUACGGUAGGGGCAACAGCAUUUGUUAACUGCAACGAAAACUAUGUUGCCAGUAGACCAAAAAUCACAUGCCAGUCUACGGGAGUUUGGGAAAAUGUCACAUGUUUCUCUAAAGGAUGCAGUUCAAUCCCCACAAUUUCAAAUGGGAAAAUAACAGUAACAGGAACCACUUCUGUCGGGUCUUUUGCUAAUGUCACGUGUGAUGUAGGAUACGAAGCCUCUGUAUCAUCGAUUAAGUGUCAGAUUUCAAGAAUCUGGGAGACAGCUGAGUGCAAAAUCAAAGCUUGUGGUCGAGUUCCAGCAAUAAAACACGGCAAGGUCAAUCUAAUUGACAGUUUUCACACGUCGGUUGGGGAUUCUGCUAAUGUGGUAUGUGAUACAGGUUACGAAACUAGCAAGACAAAAGUAGCCUGUCAAAGUUCGGGUGUAUGGGAGACCGCUUUAUGCACGGCUAAAGACUGUGGCCCUCCUCCAGUGAUUUCAAAUGGAAACAUUACUCUCAGUAAUGACAAAAUGUCUACUUACGGGGCUGAAGCUUUGGUAAAUUGUAAUGAUAAGUAUGUUGCAAACGUUUCUAAAAUCAAGUGUCAGUCAUCUGGUCUCUGGGAAGUUGCACAGUGUGCACCGGAAGGUCAGCUGAAUUACGAUAGAUGUACGGAAGAACAUGGUGUUUGCACACAACACAUCUACGAGAACAUCCGACUUCUUGCACUAAAAAGUUCAAAAUGUAGGUCAUUUUGUCAUUGUGCACAUGCCGGAACGUUAAUUGACGGAAGCGUCACGUACAAAUGGGUGGAACGUAACUGUCCACAGGGAACAUUAUUUGAUGACAAUCUUCCCUCUCCAGUGUGUAACCAUCCCUACAUGGUUUGGUGUUAGAUUACAUAGUGUUGUAUUUACAUUCAUACAGAUGAUAUGUUACGAUGACAAUCAGUUUUAAUACCAUAUGUUUCUUACAUUUGUCUAAUUAAUAAAUUGUUUUUGCAAACGGG